GCUCAGCAGAAGAUCGUCAGCCCUCAGCCUUUAUCGUCUGCUGUCCAGGACCACCAAGAAUACACGCCAACUGAUGGAAAACAAAGAACGUCAUGAAAGACGUAGACACUAUAGGAAGUGAGCAAGACGAAAGCUGGGUUAAGGCUGGAGAGCACGGGGGAGAAGAGGAGCCUCCCAUGAGGCGUAGUUUCUCUGUGGAGGAUCUUCUAGAUGAAGUGGAGAAGAUCUGCAAUGAUGCUUCGGGGACAACAAAGGUUGCGAUGGUGGUGAGGCUGUGGAAGGAUGGCUUCACCGUAAACGAUGAGGAGUUCCGCAGCUACUCUGUACCGGAGAACCAGGACUUCCUGGAAGCCAUAAAACGUGGGGAACUUCCGGCAGAGUGGGAAAGCAGGGCAGAGGAGGAAGAGCUGGAGAUUAAUGUGGAGGAUUUGACUGAAGAAACAUAUGUCCCCAAGAAGAAGGCCUUCCACCCCUUCAGUGGCCGAGGGUACCGGCUCGGCAGUGUUGCCCCCAGAGUGGUGGCCAGAUCUCCAUCUGUACAUGAGGAUGGAGAAUCGCCUCCUAUUCCCAUGGUAACACUGGACCACACCCUCCCUGUCACCUCCCUACAGAUCUGGUUGGCAGAUGGCAGGAGACUGGUGCAGAGAUUUAACCGAUCACAUCGGAUCAGCGAUGUUCAAGAUUUUGUGGCACGCUGCCAAAGGGCCUGUCCACCAUUUAUCCUGACGACAUCUCUUCCCUUCCGAGAGCUCAGUGAUGAAGAACUAAGUCUUGAGGAGGCGGACUUGGCCAAUGCCGUCAUUGUGCAAAGACCCUUGAACACACAGGCUCCCUUUGGCCACUCAUGACCAAAGGGCCCCUUCAUUUAAAUGGCAAACUCCUUUGCCCCAGCGGACCCUCAAACCCCGCCCCCACCUCCAAACACCUUUUUCCCCUGUAAUGCUGCUUCCCUGAUUUAAAAAGGCAUGCUAUAUUUGAGGCAAUACUGUCAAAACGUAUGUCUUUAUUCACACCUAAAUAGGAUUAUCUACCCAAGUACUGGCAAGUCAUAACUACACGCUUGUUUAGUUUUGUGCAUCUUCACCUUCACAGAUGCUGCUGGAUGCCGCUGAUGUCCUAUUGUCACUGCUGGCUUUGUGAGGACAAUGUUAACCUGCAGACACACUUCCACAAAUGGAAAGAUUUUAAAGGCAAAUCAACUCUGUUCCAUACAAAUGGACUUCCAAUGUGUUUAACUAUCUUAUUGCCUGGCCUGUCAAAUACUACAUCUGCUCGUCAUCCACCUUCUUGCUCUUCAUGGUUCAGUCCUUUGCAGACUGUGCACUGAUUGGUAUGGACUCAUUAACAGUGCAAACAAGGGGCUCUAAUGGAUGAGUUUGAAACAAAAGUUUCUAAUUUAGUAAAUUAAUAUUGCUGGGCAAUAUGAAAAAUAUGAGGUUCAUAGGGGAUUUUACAUGAUAUCAAUAUAUAUCACAAUAUCUGCUUACACAUACAAAAAUACCAUGUUUUAGAACCUAACUGAGGUUCAUCACAUUGAACUGUUUGGCAAUAUAAAGUAUAAUAUCAAACAAAACAAAAAAUUCAAAUAAUACUCCCUCAAAUAAUUCUGACCUCAUUUUGUGAGAAAUUUUAGGUAGCAGAGUCUCAUUAUUGAUUUAGACAAAAAACAUGUAUCAUGAUAUAACCAUAUCCGCAUUUCAUCCUAACACAAUACAUUUGAAAGAUAUAUGACAACACUGAAUUACUGCAAAGCCCUGACUGAAAAUGAUCAUUGUGUAUGAUGUCUUGCAUAUCAUAACAGUUGCCUGCAUCACUGAGCUGAGGCAAAGGUGAGAUGACAGCUUGUUAUUAAUGUUAAUGUUUGGCCUGACUGUUCAGACUUUUUGUCAUUUAUCAGCAUUUUGUGAACACUUGCCUUCACUUAAAGGGGACAUAAUUUCAAACACACAUUGUCUUAUUUAAUCUGCAUCUUCUUAAGACAUGGCAUUCAACAAUCCACGAUUAAAAUAUUCUCAAAAACC